UCUUUAGUUCUACACUGUCAGUGCUGGAUUCUUCACACAAAGAUGUGGCUUCCUCUUGGGAUCAUCUUUUCUCUGGGGAUACUAAUUCCUGGAAAAUUCAGCUUGAAAUUGCAAUAUGACAGGGAUCAAGUUUUGCUUAUUAUGCCAGAAACAUUUCAGCAAGUCCAGCAUCUUCAGCUUCUUUGCAGUACUUUAAUGCUGGAUUUGUGGAAGCCCCUGCUGCCUGAAGACUUCAGGGCUGGGGAAGACCUGCACAUAAGGGUCCCAGCCCCUCUGGUGCAGGAAGUGAAAGACAACUUAGAUCAGCAUAUGAUCUCUUACAGAGUACUAAUACCUGAUGUGCAGAAACUUGUGGAUGAGAGCAUGCCAAGGGAGAGGAGCAGCCACAGACAGGUCUCAGGAGGUUAUGCCUACACCGAGUACCAUCCAAUGGAAGAGAUUUAUCAGUGGAUGACUCAGAUUCAGAAGAACAACAGUGAGCUGGUGACUCAGCACUUCCUGGGGAAGACAUUUGAGAAUCGAGCAAUGUAUUACCUACAGAUCAGCCAACCAUCAAAUGAACCCAAAAAGAUAAUUUGGAUGGACUGUGGGAUUCAUGCCAGAGAAUGGAUCUCUCCAGCCUUCUGUCAGUGGUUUGUAAAAGAAAUUCUUCAAAAUUACAAAACUGACCCAAAGAUAAGCAGAUUUCUGCAGAAUUUAGACCUCUAUGUCUUGCCAGUCCUCAAUAUUGAUGGCUACAUCUAUUCCUGGGAAAAAGAGCGUUUGUGGAGGAAAAACCGUUCUCCAUAUGGGAAUGGCACCUGCUAUGGCACAGAUCUGAACCGAAACUUCAAUUCAUCCUGGGGCAGUGUUGGUGUAUCUUUUAACUGCAGCAGUGAGGUCUUCUGUGGAUCUGGGCCAGAAUCAGAGCCUGAGACAAGAGCUGUGGCUCAGUUUAUCAAAAGCAAGAAGAGUGACAUUUUGUGUUAUUUAACAAUUCACUCCUAUGGACAGCUCAUCCUCACUCCAUAUGGUUCCACAACUAAACCUCCAAGUAACAACGAAGAACUGAUGCAAGUUGCAAAGGAAGCAGCUGCUGCAUUGACAGGAAAGUAUGGGACCAGCUAUAGAGUAGGAUCAACUGCUUUAAUUUUAUACAAUAACUCAGGCUCCUCACGGGACUGGGCCCACACGAUUGGCAUUCCGCUGUCUUACACAUUUGAACUGCGAGACACGGGUACUCAUGGAUUUGUUCUCCCUCCUAACCAAAUCCAGCCCACGUGUGAGGAGACUAUGUUGGCUGUGACAACUAUCAUAGACUAUGUUGAUAAGAAGUACUUCCCAGGUGGAGAUGUGGUGCUGACCUCCAGCAGCUUGGGCCUGAGCCUUUGCCUGAGUAUUGUAUUUAUAUUGACCAUCUCUUAAAAACAGUUUAGAGAACCCAGCAAGAGACUCACAUGAAAAAUACAAUUUCCGCUCAAAAAUAAAAAAAGUUACAUCAGCAAAGGAACUUAAUGUCAAGUAUUUUAAUAAUCAUAAAAAUUAUCAUCCCAUAUAAUACAAGGACUUGUGAUUUGAUAGCUAUGUUUUUGGAAGAAGGAAAAAAUAAAGAGGA